AUGAUCUAUUCUGAGAGCAACCCAGGAGGGAACCAGACCAUCUCUGAUGUAUUCAUCCUGGUGGGGUUUUCAAACCUUAACAAGCUGCAAAUCGUUCUGUUUCUGGUGCUUCUGGUCACCUACCUGGUAGCCCUGAUGGGGAACUUGCUUGUUAUCCUCCUUAUAAAGCUAAACCCCUCACUCCACACCCCCAUGUAUUUCUUCCUGGUGAACCUGUCAUUCUUGGAAAUCUGCUACACCACGAGUGUGGUCCCUCAGUUGCUGAUUCACCUCCUGGUGGAGCAAAAGACCAUCACCAUUGCGGGCUGCGCUGCCCAGAUGUAUGUCAUCACCAUCAUGGGCCUGACGGAAUGCUGCCUCCUAGCAGCCAUGGCGUAUGACCGUUACGUGGCCAUAUGUCACCCCUUGAGCUACAAAACUAUCAUGAGUGGCCGGGCAUGUGCACAUCUUGUGGGUGCUUCAUGGAUCAUUGGCAUCUCAGUGGAAGUAGCUCAGAUCACUUGGAUCUUCAGCCUGCCUUUCUGUGGCUCCAACCUCAUCCACCACUUCUUCUGUGACAUCCUACCAGUGUUGAGGAUGGCAUGCACGGAUACAUCCAAAAAUGAGAUUAUGGUCUUCACUGUGUCGGUGCUGUUCAUCAUAGGCCCUUUUUUAUUGAUAAUCCUGUCUUACAUCUGCAUUAUUUCCACCAUCUUCAUGCUGCCAUCAGAGGAGGGAAGGAAUAAAGCCUUCUCCACCUGCUCCUCCCACCUCAUGGUGGUGACUUUGUUCUAUGGAAUGGCUCUUAUCACUUACCUGGGGCUCAAAUCUAGCUUCACCCUGGAGAGUGAUCAAAUGCUUUCACUCAUGAACACAAUUGUGGGACCAGUGUUGAACCCCAUAAUAUACACUCUGAGGAACAAAAACGUGAAGGGAGCCUUUAGAAAAACAGUAGAGAAGAGCAUCUUUCACACAGCCAGAGAAAACAGGGAAUGA